CGUGGCGCUGCAGCUGAAGCUCGUCUACGCUCGCCAGCACACUAGGCCCCCGUUAGACGCGAGCUCUCUCUCGUGGGGGCCCUCGUUCUCGGCUCUCGCCGCUCCGUCAGUCGUCUGGCAGCAGCGGCUUCACUCGCGUCGAGCACUCACUGCGCGUCGGACGUGCCAACUCGUGGCUCUUCACAAGUUCAGUUCACGGUGCAUAGCUGUUGCGGAGGAGGACCGCGGCCAAGUUGUGUGGUAGUGAGAUGUGUCGCAGGAGUUGCUGAGCGGACUCCUGCGGGAUUCUGCGUGGCCAGCACUGCCCGUGCGAGGCUCUAAGGCCGAGUGUGUGAUUCAAUCGUGUGUUUGCGAGGCAGCAAUAUUAUGUAAUACAAUGAGCGAAUUAUUCAACUGCUCAUUGUGAGGCAUUUCGUUGGACUCUCUGGGGGCUGCCGGGGGAGUGUCAAGGAGGGCCGCCCAGGGUCCGACGGGAAGGACAUCGCGGCCGCCAAGGACUGCGGAAAAGAGUGCGUCUGGGUAUUGUGUAACAACAUCUCGAGUGUGUGUCCAGUGAUUCAGUGACUCACAGUGUGGGUUCAUUCUCAAGUUCUUUGUCUCUCGCGAGUGAGACGGCAAAAAGCAAGUGGCAACCGCCUCGGCGAGGCAAAAACCCAUCGACCAUCUGCAUCGGAAUUGGAAGAGGAAGAAGGAGAGGCGAGAAGGCACACAAAAAAAGCGGAGUUUAAAUUGCAAACACGUUAACCUCGGUGAGGCAGCUUUUGAAAACACAAACACACAACGUCACACUUUUAUCUGAGCGAGUGUCGAUUACAUAAGUACAUGACCAAGUCCGUAUCAGAGGUUCUGGGGAAGCAAACAAAGAGAAUUGCUGUUGUGUGACUGUGCGCGAUCGGCAAAGGAUACAGAGAUAUUUAAGGGUGACUCCGCCACAGAGUGACAAUCGUGAGUGAUCACCAUAAAGCGCCCAAGAUCGCGCGCGCAGUGUGUUGUUGUUGAAGAUUACGCGGAAAAAAGUGGCGCGCGCGUGAGACAACAAGUCCGACAUCAGAAAUAAAACGUGAUUCACCGUGGCAAUUGGAAUUUAUAUAAUCGAGCAGUGUCGUAUCGCGAUCAAUUGACCACCCUACACCUACGCGGCCCUACACGUGACCCCACCUGCCUCACGUUGCUCACGCGUGAUAUGAUCGCGGCCGUCCGACAUGGCGACACUGAUCGAUGUGGCCAAGAGUGAAUUCGCCAAGUCCAACUUCGGCAUCGCCUUUGAGCUCUACGUGCGAUGCAUGCGUGACACGAGCGGCGACACGCCCCCGCCUGACCUCUACUUCGGCUAUGCGGACUGCCUGGCCCAUCUGGGCCGUUUGCCUGAAGCCUUCGACGCCUACGCGCAUGUGGGCGCCCACUUGACGCCCUGCAUCGUGCCGCUGGAGCGUCUGAGGCACGCCACCCUCGCUCUAAUCCAGACAUGCACGCUCCCCAUCGCCAAUGCCAUCCCGCAGCCCACCCUUGAACCCCUCGCGGACGCACUGCUGUGCCCUGCGUGCGAGGAGGUCCUCAGGACGCCGGUCACACUCGCCUGCGGCCACACGCAUUGCCGCUCGUGCACACGCGACCGUCUCGCCUGCCGCGUGUGUGGCCUGAAGAUCGACUCGGGCGACCAGGAGAAAGACGUUCUGGUCAGCAGACUGGUGGAGCGGUGGUGGGGCCAGGACAUCAAGGCGGAAGCCGUUAACCAGGAGGCGCAGAGAUUUCUGGAUCAGUGCCUCUAUGACGAGGCGCUGCGAUGCUGCAAUCAGAGUCUGGAGCAAGCUCCCAACAACUUCAAGGGACUGCUGAUUCGAUCCGAAGUGCUGUACUGUCUCAAUCAAUUCCAAAGUUCCUUGGCCGAUGCAGACAAUGCGCUGAGAAGCCGACCAACAUCAUACAAGGCACACUUCCGGAAAGCCGCCGCCCUGGUCAGCCUAGGACGCACCGAGGAGGCCUUGGUGGCUCACUGCGUGGCCGUCAGCCUGGACAAGUCAGCUCUUAGUGCUCCCACCGCCCUCAAGCAUGACAUCACUCGACUUCUCCAUCGACUCUUUGUGCCACAAUAUCGUGUACAUCAGACCACCACGAUGACCACACCGUUCAGGAAGCGCCGGAAAGUUUUCACCGUGCGCUCCAUGAGCGACUGCGAGGACGAGAGCUCGAGUUGUGGCGAGGAGGAGAACUUCCUGCACGUGCCCAAAAGGAGACGAUGCGGUGGACGUCAUGGGCAUGGAAGUGAUGUCAUUCCGCCGCCCAAUGCGCGGCUGAGAAGUCUGCUUGAGCGCAUUCAUCAGGAGGUGCACAAGAUCAGACGUGCAGAUUCCCGCUUGAGCCCACCUCAGGUGAACCCGUCCCUGAUUGAGGCGUCGGAUUUUGAUUGCGUGCUGUGCUGUCGCACUCUGUGGAAGCCCGUGGUGACACCCUGUGGACACACGUACUGCUCGAUCUGCCUCGACCGAUGCAUGGACUACAAGCAGCAGUGUCCGCUCUGUAUGUUCCACAUUGAGGACACAAUGAGCCUGGCGAGGCAUGGAGCGACGUACUUUCUGGAAGUCGCCAUGCAGAGGUUCAUCCCAGUGGCGUACACGAAGCGGAAGCGCCAAGAACUGGAGCCCUCUGUGCCGAUAUUUAUCUGCACCACGGCCUUUCCCAGCGUUCCCUGUCCGCUGCUCGUGUCAGAGCCACGCUAUCGCCUGAUGGUGAGACAGGCCAUCGAGAGCGGCGAUAGACACUUUGGCAUCGCUCAGCCGAGCGGAAAGCCGCCUCAGAAUGGGCGACAGCAGUACUUUGAGUACGGGACCAUGCUCGACAUACGGGACUGUGUGCUGCUGGGAAACGGCUGUUCGAUCCUCAGCACCGUCGGCAGCAGGCGAUUCCGCGUGCUGGUGCGCGGCGAGAAGGAUGGCUACGACACGGCCAAGGUGGAGUACAUCUGCGACAGUCCCAUCAGCCGCGAGAGGACAGGUUACGUGGCGAAGCUGCACGAACGCGUGCUAGGCAAGGCGAUGGAGUGGUUCGACCGGCUUCCCGAGACCUAUAAGACGGAGAUCUUGAGAAGCUUCGGCCACAUGCCGCAGGUGGAGGAGGAGUGGGUGACAGAGCGCGAUGGACCUGCCUGGGCAUGGUGGAUCAUCGCCAUUCUGCCGCUCAACCAACAACUGAAGGGCACAAUUUUGAUGGAGACCAAUUUGGAGAAACGUCUCCUGGCCAUAGAUAAGACCCUGGCGUGGCAGGACAAGUCGGCCGCCCAGAAGCGCCAGUCAGCCGAGCCCUGCUCCCCUUGUGGUAGCGACGGACUGCCCGACUGUCCCACGGUGGAUUGCUGCCAGCGCGGCACGUCGUCGACACAUCUGGACGAGCGCUCCGCCCCAAGUCACGCCACCCACUUUCUCAUGUAGCUUUAAUCGCCCACGCGGUGCGACCGAGGGCUUUAAGAUUCCAUCUCCUCUCCUCCCACAAUCCCUGGGGCGAGAGAAAAAAACAUGUGUGCCACUCCAAGAAUGUAUUUAAGAGGAUCAAAGAAGCGGAAAUGCAAUGCGGGACGGGCGCUGUGAAUUGACAAUCUUCAAAACGGAACCAUUCUCAUUUUUUACUUCACAUUCUUUCGGAGAUCUUUUCCUGGGUCUUUCUCCUUGGCUUUCUCAUCCUAUUCUUCAGUGUUUAGAUUUGUUCUUUCAUUUCAAGGCAAAAGUUCUCAUGGGCGUUGCAUCAUUAGGCCUUAGGGUAGUGAAAAAGUGCAUGUUGAAAGAAAUCUGUGUUAUUCACCUGCAUAGGGAUUAAAACAGUUGCAUUAAGGAUUAUUUAAUUAUUUAUUUGACACAGAUGAAUUUAUAUAGAGUUAUGGUUUUUUGCAUCAUAUUUCGAGAAAGAAAGAGAGCGAGAGAGAGAGAGAGAAGCACAAAACUCAAUUUUUUUUUCAACUCGAAAGUAAAUCGACAAGAGAGGUUUUAAGUACAUUAGAAACAUGAGCCAUUUAAUAUUUAAUAAAGAAAGAAACCUAUAUAUACAGAUAAAUAUAAAAAAAAAUAGAGUUUAGAUAGAUGUUUAAUGUACUUUUUGAGGCGCUAGGAUUAAAGCUACAAUAUAUAUAUAUAUAUAUAUAUAUAUAUAUAUA